UUGAGUGCGGAAUACACCAUAGUCUAAAUUCCUUGACGAUUGAAUAAUUCGAGAGAAGCAUGGAGAACACCAAUUUGCCCGCCGCCGCCGCCGCCGAUAUCGGCAACUGGACGGAGGCGGUGGAGGACCUCGUACACGACGGCCAAGUCGAGGAGGCCAUUUCUUUACUGGAGACCGUGGUGUCGAAGCUCGAAACGGAUUCCAAAUUGGGCCAAUUGUCAGCUGCACUUCUGGACUUGUCCAAGCUCUACGCGACUCAAGGUCUCUCUAUCAAGGCCGAAGAGACUCGCUCUCGCGCUUUCCUCCUCGAACAAAUUUCUCUGCCUUUUCCCCAUCAAAUGAAGGAUGCUGAUGAUGCAAAUAAGUCUUCUAAGGAAUCGAGAGGCAAGGGAAUUUCAGAAUAUAGUAAUCUUGAGAGCUCUUCCGACUUGCAAGGUGAUGGCUCAAAGCAAGGUGGUUCUUCAGUUGAUGAUUGGGAAGCUAUAGCUGACCGUGAUCCAAAUGAAUUGCUUUCACCAUCAAGCUUGCCAGAAGUGUCCAAUCUUUCGUUGCAGGAUUCAAAAGUUCAAGCACCCAAAAGACGUGGAAGAGGUGCUUUCUUAUAUCAAAAAUAUGGAUUGUAUAGUGAUGAACAGUCUGAAGGGCGUAAAUUUGACUACUUGGAUGAUGAUGUUUCUGAUAGUACAGAAGGGAGCUCGCAUUCAUUGAAUUUAAAAUAUGGCACCAGCCAUGUCCUUGUUCUGGCUGACUUUCCAAAAAGUACUAGGACAACUGACUUGGAGAAAUUACUGGAGAAGCAAAAAGAUCAGGUUGCAAUUCGUUGGGUCAAUGAUGAGGUUGCACUUGCAGUCUUCAGAACUCCAUCAGAAGCUCUUGAAGCAAGUAGCUCUAUUGAGUGGCCAUUUUCAAAGCAUAUUCUUAAUGAGGAUGAUGAACUUUUGAAGUCAAUUCCACCUAGAGAUCUGGAGCCACCUCGUCAAAGGCCUCGGACAUCAGCUCGAACUGCCCAGAGAAUGAUCGCUCAAAGUAUAGGUAUAAAGCUACCUUCGGAUUUUGGGUCGAGAGAAUUGAGGAGACAGGAAGAAGCGAGGAAGAACCGAAUACUUUCAAGACAAAACAAGAAGGAUGAUGCGUGGGGCGAUGAUGAUACCAAUUAGAAUUUGUUUAAAGACAAAACUUUAUACUCGUGGAUUUCUGAACUGUUACAUACCAUUCUCUUUUCCCUAAGAAAAGAAGAAAAGAGAGGGAGAGAGGACAAAGUUGCAAAUUUUUAGGAGAAAUUGUUGCUAUCUUAAAAUCAUUUUUAGUACAUAAAAUUGAGAAACGUUUGUAAGUGAUUGUUGAUCGAGUUUUGGGUUCGCUGUUCA